AUGCUGAAAAUUUUUCCAACUUGCUCAACUGAGAUUCAAAUCGUGGACUUCCAAAUGGAAUUAGAAUGGGAAUGGUUGAGCUCUGAUCCCCAAUCUUAUACGUCACCAACAUCGGGUUCAGUAUCUCCAGCAGUAUCUACUCCGACACCCCCGCCGCCACCGCCACCACCAUUGACACAACAAGAGGAUAAUUCUUUAGACACAGAUCUAUUGGUUGAAGAAUCAUAA